CUCAGAAUGUAGAUAAAUCGGUAUAAAAUAAAAUUAUCAAGCAAUAAGUAAAUUUAAUUCUACUAUAUACCAUGAAAAUCCAAACUUUUUACAUAUUUUUCAUCUUAAUAACUUUAAAUUACGCAUCAGAUAUUAAAUGUCCUCCUAACGAAACUUUGCAACCAACCUUCUUCAAAUACUCAGACUGUUCUACAUGUUUUUAUGUGUGUUCCAAUUGGACACCAAUCAAAAUGGUAUGCGGAGGAAAUUUGGUAUUUAACCCACAAUUAUUCGUCUGUGAUUAUCCUCGAAAUAUUAAAGGAUGUUACAAUAAUACUAUAACUUCUAAUUGUUAAUUAAAGAUUUUAUUUGUUAAAUUAUGUUAUUAAACAUAAUAAAAUUGUGUGAUUUUGUAAAACAUG